AUAACCAAACUUUUCCCACUACUAUUACUAGAAUGGAGCUAGUCUUUCUUUUUUAGUAGCAUGGAGCUGGUCUUUUUCUACUAGUAGUAAAUAAUAUAUACAACGAAGUCGUCAAAAAAUAUAUAUAAGGAAACCUCAUCAAAAUUCAACAUAUUCACACAUGCACAUCCCAUAAUUCAAAUUUGAUUGUGUCAACCCUCUAACUUGUUAGUUCUUACUACCAUAACAAUCCCAAUAUAUAUAAAUACAACCACAAAACUCAUAACCCACACUUUCACCCAAUCAACCAAACACAAAAAUACAAAACCACAAAGAAACACAAGACAAGACACAAAACCUAAGAGAGAAACCAAUCAUGGGAAACACCAUAGGAAAAAGCAAAAAAGCUAAGAUUAUGAAGAUAGAUGGAGAAACCUUCAAAGUAAAAACUCCAACAACAUCAAACGAAGUUGUCAAAAACUAUCCCAACCAUGUUUUACUUGAUUCUCAAGCAGUAAAACACUUCGGGCUUAGGGCAAAACCCUUAGAGCCAAAUCAAGAACUCAAGCCCAAGAAAAUUUACUUCCUAGUAGAUUUACCUAAGAUUGAGCCCGAAAAUGAAAAAACAUCGUUACCAAGGAGGGUACGUUCCAGUGGAAUAAGGAACGUGGAUGCUAAGGGUAGACUUGAGUUAUUGAUGCUAUCUAAACGCUCCGUUUCAGAUAUUUCCUUAGUGAAACCACCGUCGAAUUUGGGCUUUGAUAGGCCCUUUGAUGGGUCCAUGAGGGUGAAGAUGAGGCUUCCUAAAGCCCAGUUGGAAAAGUUGAUGGAAGAGAGUAAUGAUGGGUCUGAGGUGGCGGAGAAGAUUAUGAGUUUGUAUAUGGGUGGCGGUGGUGAUGCGGCGGAGCAUGACAGUGAUGUUUUACGGCAAAACCGAAAGCCUCGUGGGAAACGAGUGAGUUUUAGUCCAAUGGAGAUUGAAGAAAGUCCUGUUGAAGCAGCUCCUCAAUAGUAUUUCCUCUUAGAUUUUUUAUUAGUACUGCAUGAUAGUUAGAUUGUACAUUUGUACUAGAGUAUAUAUAUAUAUAUAUAUAUAUAUAGACAAAUAUGUCUAUAAAUGCAUAUAUUUGUAUUUUGUAUUGUAGUGCUAAGAUUAGAAAAUCAAUUAAUUAGUGUUGCGUUGAAAUCGUGCCUCGUUGCUUGAUCAUAUAUGUAGUGCUUGUUUUUGGUUACGGAAGAAGGAUACAAGAUA